AUGGCUUUGAUAACUUCUCAGCCCAAAAACCUUAUUCUCCAUAAUCACUUCACAACCCUUCAUUCUUCAAUUCCACAACUCAAUAGGCCUAUAGUGAAUCUUGGGCCAUUCUCAAAAAAUUCAACAGCUAUUAAAGUUUGUAACUUUAACUCCAAGUUAAGAAAUUUUCACUUGAAAAACCACCCCUCUUAUUUUAAUCAAAUUUUUAUAGCUAAAUCCAAUGCUGCAAUUGGAGAAGUUGCUUCUUUGGAGCCAGAGGAAUCACCAUUGAAAUAUAGAAAGAUUUUUCUAUCCGAUGUUGAAGUGAAGAAAGAAAGAAAUGUGUUUUUUGGAAGGAAAUGGAAUUCAUUGGAUAUUGGAACUUUUGGUAUUGUUUUGGCAAUGCACUUGCUUUGCUUAUUUGCUCCAUUCAAUUUCAAUUGGCCAGCUUUUUGGGUUGCUGUUGCACUUUAUGUUGUUACUGGACUUUUUGGUAUCACACUCUCUUUUCAUAGGAAUCUUUCUCAUAGAAGUUUUAAGCUUCCUAAAUGGCUUGAAUAUUUCUGUGCUUAUUGUGGAGUUCUUGCUCUUCAGGGAAAUCCAAUUGAUUGGGUGAGUACUCAUAGGUAUCACCACCAAUUUUGUGAUUCUGAUAAGGACCCUCAUAGCCCAAUUGAAGGAUUUUGGUUUAGCCAUAUGAGUUGGCUAUUUGAUACCAAUUCUAUUGUAGAAAGAUGUGGAGAACCAACCAAUGUUGGUGAUUUAGAGAAACAAUCUUUUUAUAGAUUUAUUAGGAGCACUUACAUUGUGCAUCCAUUUGCUUUGGGAGCUCUUCUAUAUGCAAUUGGUGGAUUUCCUUUUCUUGUUUGGGGAAUGGGUGUGAGAAGUGUUUGGGUUUACCACAUUACUUGGUUUGUAAACUCAGCUUGCCAUGUUUGGGGAAGCCAAUCUUGGAACACAAGGGACCUAUCUAGAAAUAAUUGGUGGGUGGCUCUGCUUGCAUUUGGUGAAGGUUGGCACAAUAACCACCAUGCAUUUGAGUAUUCAGCUAGACAUGGUUUAGAGUGGUGGGAAAUUGACAUGACUUGGUAUUUGGUGAAAUUUCUUCAAGCUAUUGGUUUAGCAACAGAGGUUAAACUACCAAGUGAAAGUCAAAAGCAGAGAAUGACAUUGAACAACAAUGAUGUGUUAGCGACAUGA